GAGUCAAAUUGAGACUUAACCGAGAGGAGAGGGCUUAGAUCCAAUAGCAUUUAAUAAGAACCGAAUUCUCAUUUCAGUCUAGUCUAUAUUUAACAGGCAGUGAGCACACUUCAGAUAUUUUAGUCAAAUAAUUUGUUACAGAGAAAAGAUGAAAUCGUUCAUCGUUUUGGCUUUAUGCCUUCACGCAGUUUUUGCUGCACCACAAUUUAAUGAUCCAAAUCACUAUGCUACACAUUCACAAUCGGUUGAAACUGCCAAGAGAGGUGCUGCUGAAAGAUUACAAUAUUCAGAUAGCAAUCCACAAAAAGUUCAAAUCCCUCUAAGUGAAGACCUUUGCGGUUAUUGCGAGGGCCAACAUGCUCAACAAGAAUCACACGAUACAUCAUCACAAACAAGCGGUGUUGGUUACGUUGUACCAAUUUCAACAGGAGAAAGCUCAUCUAAGACCGAAUUUUCCGAAUCGUCAUUGAUAAAUGAUGCUCAAGGACCAGUUGUUAUACCAGUUAGUGGUAGUGAAUCCGAAUACCGUUCAUCAUCUGACAACACGGAAAAUAUUGUAUCAAACCCAGUCGUUAUUCCAGCUGGUGGUAGCAGUGAAUUAGAAAGUUUCCACAGCGAAAGUUCAAGCUCACGAUCUGCUUCAAAUCCAGUUGUUCAUCAAGUUAUUUACCCAUCAGGAGGUUCAGAAAGCUAUAGCCAGCACUCGGAAAAGGUUGUUGAAUCGGCCGCACCAACCAUUGUCCCUGUUGUUUAUCCAGGUGGAGAUUCACAAUAUCACGAACGCUCCGAAAAAGUCGUUCAAUCAAACUCUGUUCCAGUUGUCCAACCAAUUAUUUACCAACCAGGUGGAUCGUCAUUCUCAUCACAGCACCAUAGCGAACGUUUGCACCAAGGCUCCGUUCCAGUUAUUGCCCCCGUUUACCCAGCAAGCGGCUCGAACUCCCAUUCCUCGCGCAGUCAAUACACACAACAUUCAGCAGCCGCUCCUGUAAUUAUACCAGUCACCACCGGUGGUGGACACUCACAACGCACCGAAUCUCGUUUCUCUGAAAUUAGAUCAACUCCAACCACAUUGUUUGUGGCGCCAGUUUCAACUGGCGGCUCUCAACGCUCCUCAUCAUACCGCGAAUCAUAUAGAAAGCAAGCAUCUGCUCCACAAGUUGUUUACACUGCUCCAUCAGGAGGCUCAUCAAGCUACUCACAUAGUGAACGGUACCAAAAGCAAGGAUCAUCUGGUUUAAGUGCUCCAAUUAUUACAUAUCCAUCGGGUGGAUCAUCAAUGUCGUCACGUUUCUCCGAAUCAAGCUCGUCGUCAAAUGGUGGUUUGGUUGCUCCAAUCGUCGCCUAUCCAUCGGGUGGAUCUACAAUGUCGUCACGUUUCUCCGAAUCAAGGUCGUCGUUAAAUGGUGGUUUGGUUGCUCCAAUCGUCACCUAUCCAACGGGUGGAUCGUCAAUGUCUUCGCGUUUCUCCGAAUCAAGCUCAUCGUCAAAUGGUGGUUUGGUUGCUCCAAUCGUCGCCUAUCCAUCGACUGGAUCGUCGUCACAUUUCUCCGAAUCAAGCUCAUCAAAUCAAAACCUCGGUGGUGGGAUUGUCAAUUUCCCAGAAUACAACAGUCAGCGUCUAUCAUCGCGUUUCAACUCUGAAGUAGAUUCCAACUUUGGUUCAUUUGGUUCAUCAAACUUACAAGAAUACAUUAGCGAAUCGGAACGUUUGGCUCGUUUGCAAGCCCAAAAUAUUCAAGGACAACAACAUGCAUAUCAAUCCCGCUCAAGUGCUGAUAUUGCAAGCAAUGCUCUAGUACAACCAUCUUCGGGAAGCCGCACUAAAUCAUGGGAAAAGAGCUCAAAAUGGGCAUCACAAACUGAAUAUGAUUCAAGUGGUAAAACAAAGACCAGCGGCUUCUUGUCAACAGCCGAAGGCGAAGAUCAAAGUCUCAAUGGAAAAACAACCGGAUACAGAGCUGCCACAACAACUAUUGAGGAUGAUGGCAAACGUAGUACCUACAGUAUCCAUACACCAUAAGAUGCAUUCUUACAUCUAAAUUAAUAAGUGUAAUAAUAUAUCCAAAGAACAAAUGAAAUAACCAGCGAAAAGGUGUCAUUCUCUUUAGCUUUUCAUAUGUUAAUAUGAAUAAUGUCAUAAUGUUAAUGUCGUUGUGAAAUUUAAAUGAUGUCAUUAAUAAAUUUCGUUAAAUAAA